UGAAAAAGAUAGCCAAUAUUUUUCUUACAAAUUGUAAUAUGAGUCGAACACAAAAUAACAAACUGUACAUUUGUCAGGACCGUCUAUGGCGCAAGAACCGAGUACCCAACAUUCUGUGUCAUGGCGUCGACUGCAACCGUAACUUCGACUCAGACUUUGGUGGAGCCGGGAGUUCUAACAACCCAUGUUCUGACUAUUACAGUGGAGAGUCUGCGUUCUCUGAGAGAGAAUCACAGGCUGUGCGAGGCUCCAUUGAAGCUCUGCCAGACGUGAGAAUGUACUUUAGUCUUCAUUCUUACGCUCAGCUUUGGUUGACUUCAUAUGGUUACACCGAGCAGCUGCCUGCCAAUUAUGACGAACAGUACCGGGUGGCCGGGGUGAGCGUCAGGGCCCUGGAGGCCGUGCAUGGUACCAAGUACAACUACGGCAGCCUAGCAAACGUUGUAUACUUGGCGGCGGGAAGCAGUGUGGACUGGGUCUACGACAGCGCCAAGGUCCAGUACACUUACGUCAUCGAAGUGCGAGACGAGGGAGAUUAUGGCUUUCUUCUUCCGCCAGAACAGAUACUUCCCACAGCUGAGGAAACCUGGGCUGGCAUUAUAGCUGGCAUAAACGCUAUAUAAUUUUUGAAGUACAUCCCUGAAUGACAUUUCUGUUAACGAAGAUAUACAAUAUUCUAUGUACAAGUAAAGAACUAUCUGAUGGAGUUGAUGCAAAACUUUGGGAUAUGUCAAUACAAUCUUUGUCUUCUCCUCCUUCAAAACAUAUAUAAAGCCCAGUACUAUCAUAGUCAUACGACAGCAUAAGUAACAGAUGACCCAAGAACCAAAAACUAUCCGCUGUUCUCAGACACCGAAGUUAAACUUAAACUGUCUUUAAUCUGGAAUGCAAAUGCUAAGUAAUUCAGUGAAAGUCAGUGUUCCUCUUCGUGAUGUUAAUAAAGCUGAAAUAAAUAAACUGAUAGAAUUAGCUGCAAGUGGUAGCAAAUGAAUGGAAUGAUGAUUGUAAUUAAAAUGUGAAAAUCUGUUUUCCAAAUGUUGGUGAUCUCAGAGAAGCUGGAGUCAAAAAUCAUCUUGCUUGCAAGUAAGUUUUAAUUCACUUUAGUGGCUCUCACUUCGCUGGUACAAGAGAUCUCUUGCUGCCUGAAUGAACCAAUCGUCUCGAUCAUCAAAAACGUGAGAGCUGAUGAGAUGGUUAUUAAUGCUGAAUGUGCUACUGAUAUUGUAUUGAAAGAAACAAUGGUUACUCAACUCAUACAGAUAGUAGAUAAUCUAGCUGAGUGUCGGUGCCCUGUUUAGAGUGUGCCCAUUUGCAAUGUUCUGGAAGACUUCUGUGGAGUCCAAGUGCAAACUUCGUAUCAGAAGAAUGACUUACGAGCCUGAAGCACAGUUAAUGAUGCUUAAAGCUACAUUUCUUAACUGGUUGAGGACUCAUUCUCCUUUUUUUAUUUUUCAGCAUUUGAAGGCAUGUUUCCAUCCACAACAACAAGUAUUGUUACUCAUCUACCAGCAAAUGUGUACCAUGCACAUUACUGAUCAUGAGAGUUACAUGCGUUAUAAAGGAGCAUAAACAGAAUAGUUGCUGCAGUAUAAGUUUGACAUAUAUUAGCAAGUCCUGUAAUCAUGAGUAAGACUGCCAGAAUCAUUUUGGACCGCAACCGGAAAGAACCAGUUACAUGUCAAGCAGAAAUUUUUCAAGAUCCCGACUGUGGUGUUGAUGAGGAUCUCAUACUGAACAGCUCUCCUGGAAGCGUUUAUUGAAUGUAGAGCUGAAUAUUCCAGGGAUAACGACGUUCUUCACGUGUUCAUGCAUCAUACACUAUAUGAUUUUGGUAAAAACGCUGUAUGGGAGUGUUUGGAAUGAAUCUGGCAGCAGAAGUACAUUGUUGGGUAACUUGGAAAAUUCCUUGAGACUCAGCUUGAAGUCUAAUUAAUUCAGUGUAAGUCGGAGACUUAGCGUAGUUGCUUUUAUUUUGUUCUCGAGAUUUUUCUUGGUGAUGAUUUCCUUCUUGUAAGAGCACUUCUCUGUAAGAGUGUGAUGAUCACUCUUACAGUUGAGACAUUUCGUUUGAAGUAGAAGUAUAGUCCUUAUGAGUGUCCUUCAGUGGCACAAUUAGAGCAGUAUUUCGUUUCCUUCAAAGGGCAGUACUUGCCAAGGUGGGUAAACGCAGAGCAGUUUGAACAUUGGGUAAAGCAGUGGAGUCGCCCUGGUUCCAUGUUCCUGGGAUUAUCGUGGCAAUAUGAUCUGCGUAGAACUUCAUCUGUUGCCUGAGAUGCAUUGAUGAUUUCGUCGAAGAACUUGAUUACAUAGCUGGCAUUUAGAAUUUUUGGGAUUGAGUCGAUGCCGGCCGAGUAAUUUUGAUCUUCAUUGAGUUGUUUCAAGUCGCCUGGUGAAUGGCUUCAUAAAAGGCACUGAUUUCUUGGCCUGAAUCAGUGUUGUUUUAUCCUGCCUUGUGGGAAGCAAGUCAAAAUUCGUGACUCUCUAAACCACUUGACCAAACAAUCCUACAAACAUCAUGAGUCUAGCGAACUAGGCUUCCUUCAUGAUGCGACGACAUUAGCUUUCAGUUGUCACAACAACUUCAUUCUACACAUCUGAUAAAAAAACAUUCACAAGCAGUACAUAUAUUAUUGCAACCACGAACAAGUGAUAUUUAACCAAUAACACACUGAAGCUAGCCAGGGGAUCGAACCCAUGAUGUAUUAGUCCGCCUCGUGGGAAGCAAGUCAAAAUUCUUUUUUUGUGAACCAGUGGACCAAACAGUCCUACAAACAUCAUGAGCUAACAAAACGAUUUGCUUCAUGAUGCGAGGACAGAUGUUGGUGUGCUAACCUCAUAGCUAAUUUCAUUCAACUUCCUCUUUGAUAUACCAGCCAUCACAAGCAUUGCAACCACGAACAAGUGGUAUUUAAGCAAAAACACACCGCAGCUGGCCGGUGGAUGCAAUCCGUAUUGUUUUAGGCCGUCUCGUGAGAAGCAAGUCAAAUUUCACAAAGCUCUAAAUCACUGAAGCAAUCUUAUAAACAUCACGAGCCUUGAGAACUACGCUUGCUUUAUGAUACGAGGAAAUACGUUCGUGUGGCAACCUCAGAACUAAUUUCAUUAUACUUCUUGUUUGAUAUACCAGCCUUCACAAGCAGUAUACAUACAUGUAUUAAUGCAACAACGAACAAUUAAUAUUUAAGCAAUGACACCAAUGUAGUUUAGCCCGCCUCAAGGGAAGCAAAUCAAAAUUCUUAUCCUCUAAACUACCUGACCAAACAAGCUUACAAACAUCAUGAGCCUAACGCACUAGGCUUGCUUGAUGGUGCUAGGACAUACGUUGGUGUGUCAACCUCAAAGCUAAUUUCAUUCUACUCCCCAUAUGAAAAUGCGUGUAAUUUCUGCCUCCUUGUGAGAAGCUAUCUCUAGCAAGGCCUGGUGACACCGUCUCCCAAGACUCCUAACGUCUCAGUCUAAGAAGUGGCUUGUACAACACUUUCAGGAGUAAAACUGUAAACGGCAGUAAAUAUCAAUUACAAAUUACCUAAUCGCUGGUCAUGGGCACGCUUAUUAACUAUCCCUGAUUUUCCCUCCCAGUAGUAGUGGCCAAGUGACUAGGGGUAAAAUAAAGUAGUGUCACCAAUGGAUCUGGAGGCCCCUGAGGCACGUUGUUAACUGCCAGGUAACGUUGGGAAACCGUGUCAGAGUCAAGAAUUAGAAACUUGUAAGGAGGUGCUCUAAGCACAAUCCUUGUCCAAAGAUAGCUACAAGCGUCCUCCUCCACUCUUGUUCAUUGGAGGACCACUAGCAGUCUUCUUUGUAUCUAAAUUCUCUACUCAUUUCCGCCUAAAGACUAAAACUACAUAUUUUAAUUCUAUUAUUAGUUCUAACGCUAAAUCUACCUAGAACGUGUAAUUUAUCAAAUUAGUGUAAACCUAUCAAUAAUUAUGUGCUGAUUCAUGACUUCCACUGCAUAUUUUGCCAGUGGCCCUGUGGGAUUUCUUGAGCUCAAUAAAUUCACACAUCCUCCCGCCGGCGAAAGUAGAUGCUGAGUCUAAAUCAAGUUUGCCUCUCGCAAGCCCUCCCAGUGGGCCCUGGACACGAGCGCUGUCUGACAGGUCACACGGCUGCUCUGGUCGAGCAGACUCAGGUCUAACUUUGACCGUCCAGUCUCUACUGCAUGGACCUCGAGAGGCAAGAGCUUAUGGUAUCAACCCGAUUUAUUCUCACCCUUAUCACCCUCGGCCGCCUGUCCUUAUCUGGGUGGACUAACACCACCAGGCCCAGUGGCCAGUAUGGCCUCGAUGCCUCGUUUUCUAUUAGCACCACGUCCCCUUGAUUCAAUGUUAUCUUUUUCCCUUUGGGUCAGCCGUGUAAAAGUGCUCUUGUAAAGCUGUCAAAUAAUCACUACGCCACAUUUGGUUCCAUUGGUCCAGCAUGUUCACUAACUUAUCAUAACUCUUGCAGGUGGGGAGGUCCUUCUGACCCACGAUAGUCCUGCUCCCAGUAGGAUCGGCUCAAGAUAGCCAGCAUAGGCUCGACCCUCCUUCUGAAUAGCAUGUGAUAAGGGGUGAGAGCCUUCUCGCCUUAUUUUGGCCAAGACUGUCAGCAUUUAUUCGGUAUUCUCCCUCUUAUCAUGCAAGACCUUUCGAAUGCAUCCUUUAUCUCUGCCCACCAUGUGCUCUUAGAAGCCCCCCUUGCCAAGGUGCUCUAAGAGCUAUAAACUUUCACUCACACUCUACCUUCUUCAAGUGUGCAUGCACCUCCCCCGCAUCCAGAAAGUUUCUAUAGACUUUGUCAGCUGCUGUGAAGUUUGUUCGAUUCUCAGAUGUAACCAAUCAUUGGCAAGAAAACUGGUCUGCAAACCUUCUGAACGGCUUUACGAAAGUGUCAGUUGACAUAUCUUCCGCCAACUCCAAAUGUAUGGCUCAGGUAGUUGCACAAGUAAACAGGCAGACAUACACAUUCUGCGGGCCUACCCCUCCUCCUCUAGUCUGUACCUACAGUCUCAAAUGGCCUGUCAUUCUGCACCCGCUCGUGGGAAAGCCGUGGUCGCCCAGGAUAUUGUAAGGUCCUCUCAUCUCACCGAUGGUAGAUGGUGCAAUUCCUGAUCACCUUCUUGACAGCGGCUUGGUCUUUAAGAACCCAGUAAUUCUGAUGAAUGCAGGUAAGGAUAUCUCCAAACCCACCAUGCAUAGUUCUCUGGUGAGCAUAGUGUAUCACCAGUUCUGCGUACCACACAUCCUUUUCCAGUAACACUGGUGUUUGGCUGCAUAACUGAGAUUAACGUUUUGUCAUCUUCCUCUACAUCUUAGUAGCCUGCAUGAUCUAGGAACAACCCCAACGAGUGUAUCAGUUUAUGAUUCCCCGAAUCACUGAUCGACCCAAGACCAGAUGUUUCGUCCAUUUAUUGAGUCGCCAGUACCUCCAGGGCUCCUGGAAAUCUUCCCCUUUGGUACUGCUGGAUCCAUUACUCUCUAGGACCAGAGAUCGAUAACUGGCAUCCUAGGCCUACCUUGUCAUUCAGAUUUUUCACGAAUUGGAACACUAUUUCUGUGACUCCGAAUAGUUCCCUCAAUAAGGAGUAGUGUUUGGGUUCAAACAACUCAUGCCUGUUUCCCCCACAAAAUGUACCGUGCAGCUGGUUACCUCUUCGAACUUCUGAUCUGACCAGUCCUCCUUCACUGGCAACCAGCCCGGGCUCUCUCUCGGGCAGUUUUUUGUGUGUCACCUCUCUGCUGAUCAGGUCAGCUGGGCUCUGUCCGUUGGCACGUGUAAAAUUGUAGAUACUGACUGCAGUUCCUGUAUUUCCUUCAACCGAUUACUAACAUAGGGCAGUUUAACCUUGUCAUUUUUGACCCACUGUAAGGCCACUUCCGAGUCCGUCCAUAUGUACGUGAAUAUUAAAAUGGUAUAAACUACCGACAGGAUGUUAGGUAAGACACAAUAGGCUUCUUCAGUCGAGAACAGAGGAUUUGGUAGAAGCAGGAGACAUGUGAAGACAAUGUAAUCAGUCCACCACAUUUGAAGAUCUAGUUUUGAGGUGGUCAGUCCCUCAGUUCCAUAGUCUGAAAGAAUGUGAAGUUGACGUGACAGUACGGAGCCUUACAUACUGUCAGGAGGUGAGAUGUAGGCCACUAGUAGAAGAAAUAAUGUAAUCAUUGAGAGGUAAUAUCUGGCUCUGCCAGCCUCACGCCUAAUUCCUUCAAACGUUUGACUACUGCAGCCAGACCUUUGGUGGUAAUGAUCUCAUGUAAUUUCUUCACUCUCAAGGCCGUGACCUGUCUGCAAUAUCCGCCCAAGUUGACAGCGACAUCUACGUGAUAAGUCCUGGGUGGGACUGGGCCUCCGUACCCUUCCAAAAGUCAUGCUAACCUUGCUGAUAGUUCUUUAUUUCAACGUAACUGUUAGCGCCUCUUUUAUCAAGGAGUUUUGUGCCCCCACGUCGAAAAUCAGUCGGGUUGUCUCGGACCUCUUCCUGUUCACAACCACUGCCACGACGAUGGCUAUAGCUACAGACCCUUGGAAUCUCCCACUAGGACUAGACCCCCUUAUCAUGUUCACCACACUGGCUACCACUUCGGGUGUGGGUUUACUCUCCACCGUUUCCUGAACUGUGCUCCCGUUGGCCUUAGCUUGCCUCGUCUCAUUUGGACAAUGCGAUAUGGUGCUUGCCUUUUCGACAGUCAUUACACUCAUUGAGUUGAACGUUGCAAUCCCUGGCAAAGUGUUUCCCACAACACUUAAAACAGUGUCGCAACUCCUUUAUCCGUUACAGCCUUUGGUCGCAGGCGGCAUUGCCCGAACACCCUCAAUUAGCGUGCUCACCUUUGCAGAAUGCACACUGUCUUGUAUUGAUAGCCUUGGUGACUCCUCCUUUGGGCUCAUUAUCUGGGGACUUAUUUUGGGCAUAAUAAGUACCGACCCUAGUAGGGUGUGCAUUAGACCUAUCUUCCGAGUGCCUGCAGUGAUUGUUAGAUUUCCCUUUGGUGGGUAGUUUCUCGCCCUUACCUAUGCUUAUUUGAGAGACAAAAUUUACCCAGUUUUCAAUGAUUUGUUUUACUGUAAACCGGUUCGUCCGGUAUCUCAAGUGUAACUCAUGUACUGUGGUGCUAACCAGCUUCCUUUGAAAUGUCUGGCUAACGAGCCAUUCUGUCUUACCUCAGUCAUAUAAAUCUUUGAGUCUGUUUGUCAGAUUCAUAACCUCAAUGUGGAACAUCUCUAGGCUACGACUGUCGUGUCGGCAAGCCUCUAAAUCCAACAGCCGAUACCAUACAGCUAUCUUAUUUUGUUUCCAAACAUGUCCUUUAAUUGACUCUUGGCAUGUUGGUAAUUAGCAUCAGUAGUCUGCAUCAGUACUGAGCAUCAGUAGUGUCAGACUGAAUCUAAUGCUUUGCCCUUAAGCUGUGACCGUAUGUACUGUAAUUUGACUACGUCCGACAAAUCAUUUCUGUCGUCUCUGAGCUUCAAAACUGAUCCCAUAACGCAAUGUACUCUGUCAAGGUACCAUCAUAUGUUGGAAAAUUUAAAUGAAGAAACUGGAGUGUGGCUGCUUGUACUCCUAGCAGUAUUAGUCACUGUAUCUGCCAUAUUAGUCUUUAAUGUUUUCAUUAGCAGCAUGUAUCGUCUCAUCUCUGACUUAGCGACUUCGAGCUACCUCAGCAGUGUCCUCAGACUUAUCUACAUUAUUGGCCACUGACUUAAAGAAGAUACGCCCCCUGGAAGGCCUUUAACCGUUCCUCUAAAAGUUUCAAGCAGCUUUCUAGAUCAUGACAAUCUACAUCCACUUCUUGUCUGAUCUCUUGGCACUCAUCACGUGCCUUGUUUAAGCGUCCCUUACGGAGUGCCAUAGACCACUUUAGCUUAAUUACAGGUGAGACGGUUGGUACUUGAUUGUCUUCCUUCAUUGUCUUGGGUUAGGAAAGAGUGAGGCACUAAUUCGUGCUUUUACUUGUGACAGUAUACAUUUAUCGUUGUUAAGUGAGCUUAACCUAGCGCAAAUCACAGUACUGCAUUAGUACAACAAUAAAGUUUACCCAACAUAAAAAUGCAGUCAUUGCAAGAUUAAAUUUCAUUGGGUCGGGCACAAUAAAUUUAGCAAUUUCACUUAUCAAACAGCAAUACGUAAAUGUUGUGUAACUUGUCUAAUUCGCUGUAAAUAUUAACUACGCUAAAUCUUUCCUAGCUGUUAGUUAGCGUAGGCAUUUGCAAAUAUUGCAAAUAUCUAAGCUAACUUUGGCUACUUUGCAAAUUCACUAAAAAUAAUUAAAUUUACAACCUUAUUUUUGCCUACUUCUUUCUGGCUUACUUGUAAAUCGCUGUAAAGACUCAAAUUUACAAGCUUAAUUUUGCCUACUUCUGGCUUGCUUGUAACACUGUAAACAAUUAAAUGUACAAGCUUUUUUUGCCUACUUCUGGCUUGCCUGUAAACCACUGUAAAUAAUUAAAUUUACAAGCUCAACUAGCCUACUAUUGGCCUGCCUGUAAACCACUGUAUAUAAUUAAAUUCUGUGAGCAGGUAGUCCUAGCCUAGCCAAACUUUUGUAAGUCUCUGUCCAUAAGCUGUGAGCUAACUUUACCUUUGUAAACACUGGUAUGUAACUGUGGCCUUGCUAUGUUAAGACUAAUCUGUCUGAUAAGCUAACUAUUUCUCCAGUGUCGGUUAGAAGGACCAUGUGAAAAUGUUUGUAAUGUCUGCCUACUUGCGAGAAGCUCUCUCUAGCAUGUACUUUUGACACCGUCCCCCGACACUCCUAACACCUAUGUCUCACAAGUGACUUGUACAACACUUUCACUAGCAAAACUGUAAACUGUAGUAAAUAUCAAUUACAAAUUACCUGAUCGUUAGUCAUGGGCACGCUUAUUAAAAGGACGUUAUCUAUCCCUGAUUUUCCCACCCAGUCUUAGUGGCCACGUGACUAGGGGUAAAAUAUGGUAGUGUCACCAACGUAUUUGGCGCAGAGACCCCUAUCCACGAAUCAUUGUAAGGCCUCUGAAGUACGUUGUUAACUGCCAGGUAACGUUGGGAAAAGGUGUGGGACUCAAGAGAUCGAAACUAGGAGGUGCUCUCAGCACGGUCCUUGUCCAAAGAUGACUACCAACGUACCUGCUAGGUGUCUCUACGUAUCUAGUUUUCUCUUAUCAAAUAUCUGUACUAAUGUAAACUUAUUAAAACCUAAAACUACAUUUUUAUAAUUAUGUUAUUAGUUCCUAAUUCCACCUAAAACCUGUAAUCUAUCAAAUUAGUGUAAACCUAUCAAUAAUAAUGUGCUGCUUCAUAAUUUCCGUUACUUGUUUAUGAGCGUGGAGUCUGAAGGUCUCCACUGAAUGUUACAGUGAACCUGAGGGAUUUCUUGAACUCAAUAAAUUACCACAAAAUA